CGCCGCUGCUCGUGCAGGUGUGCUGCUGUGGCUGGUUCCUCUGCAGCUGGGACACUUGUUGGAGUUUCACAGAUCUCAGCGCAGAUUCGGUCUCCGGGAGGAAGCUGUGAGUCCGUGUGGACCGGUCACCGUCACCGGCUGUUUCCCAUCCAGGAUUCCAGCGGGUUUACCGAUUUUUUGUUUCCCAUUAGUGAUACACCCUGUAACCGCUCGCAUAAUGAAGUCAAACCACUGAAGUCAUCUGGAGUCUGUUUUGGCAAAUGUCACACAGGCCUAGAUGGCCUCGAUGGAGAGGAAACGUGAGAUUUGCAGCCCCUUCUUUCCACGGCGCAACUCUUUGAGGAAAACCAGUGCGGAAAUUGUCAGUGAAGCCAGACAAUCCCUGCGAGUCCAAUCCACCCAUCGGCCGUUCACUCCCAGGGAUGGACACAGGCAGCUUUUUGGGAAGAGCUCUGUGCGUGUGGGUCACGACAACAGACCUCCAUCGGCCUUCAGUCUUCAUGCUCAAAAUUUUGAUGCUCCUGAUUCGAGGCCAAGUUCAGGGACACGUCUCUCCCCACUGGACCACAAGCCAAGGUUUCCACUGCCCAGUGAUGCUGAGGAUGCAUUCAAAGCUCUCCCCAAACCCCCCGCUGACCCACUGGAAGUGAGGAGGGGGCGGGCAGGGGCACGGACACGUCUCCUCAGGGCUGGAUCUCUCACCACGUUGCCUCCGGUCGAGGGACACACAGAUGUGACACAAACAUUAAACCCGGGACAAAAGCAGCUGUCAGCUGAACGCCACCCGAGUAAGGACCACACCACGGUCCGCAGCGGUCCUCACAAACCUGGCCCACACAGAGCAGCGAGUGAAAGUAGAAUAAAGCAGGCUGGUGUUGACUCAGGAGUUAGACCCACUGGCUGCACAACAGGACAGAGAACAGAGCUCGAGAACGGAGACAACGCCACAAGCACGGAGGAGGAUGCAGAGUCAUCGGUGUGGAAUAAUAAGAUCGGUCCUCUUCUGCAACAACUGGAGAGUGUGGCUGCAGGCAGCUCUGAGGUCUCGGUGGACCGUCUGUGCGAUUUGUGUGAUGGCCUCCACGGCGCCUUGGCACAAGCGGACAUGCUUGGCCGACUCUGUAAGAGGAGGUCGGGGAUCCUUCGAACACUGUUCCGCCUCAUCGACCUCAACUCUGCCCGGCUCAACCUGCACAUCGCCCAGCUCUGCCUGGCUCUGUGUGUCAGUGGGAACAACCUGCUCAACAUCUGCAAGCUCAUCUUCCAGAUCAGCCGCAGUGAAAGCAAUGACGUCCUCUUCCAGAACAACUCUAUCAUAGACUCGUUGCUGGGUGUACUACGUAACGAGGAUGUGUCUUCAUCAGGGGAAGCUCUCUUGUACUGCAUCGGUACUCUGAAAUUUCUCUCGGGAAACUGUGCCAUCCUCAGACUCCUGCUGGACAAGAACUGUAUCGGUGUGUCUCAGAAACUCAUCCAGAGGCUUCACACAGUGGAAGACGCUCACUUCAGUAUAGCAGGACACAUCAUUGUACAGCUGACAGCGACCCUGAGGAACCUCGCCGAUCAUCCCGACUCCCGUCUGCACUUUGUGUCCUUCUCUUUGCUGUCAGAGCUUUGUCUGGUGCUGCGCCGUCACCGCAAAGACCAGGACAUCUGCACAAACAUUUCCAGAAUAUACAGUAAACUAUCCUCUUACUCAGAGUGCCGACUCGCUCUGGCCCAGACCCCCGACUGCUACCGACUAUUUUUAGAACUGCUGAGCAAACAUCGCCAAAAACAGGACCUGGUCGUGCGCAUUCUUUUCACCUUGGGGAACCUCACGGCCAAAAGCGAGGAGGCUCGGCUGCAGCUCUUCCAGUGCAAAGGCUGCAUGGAUACAGUCCUGCAGCUGUAUGACAUCUACCAGCGAAGAGACGCAUCACCGCACACACCCUCACAGGCAGGUGAACCUCCUGCUCCUCCCGUGAGCCUGCAGGAGCGUGACGACGUGCUGGUGAAGCUGGUCAGGGUGCUGGCCAACAUGUGCAUCCACCCGGCUGUGGGUCCGGCCCUGGCGAACGACGCAGCCUGCAUUCAGCUUCUGAUGGAGACACUUGAGUUGAGGUCCGUGCAGGAGAGCGAGGAGCUGUUGGUGAACGUCGCCGCCACCAUCAACAACCUGUCGUUCUACCAGGAGCAAAGCUCUGUAAUCAGACGCAGUCAAGUCGCCAUCACAAAGCUGAUGUUGAAGCUGGUGCUCAGCUCCAGUAUGGACGCCAUGCUCGAGGCCACCCGUGUAUAUGGGAACAUGUCACAGUCCAAGGAUGUGCGGGACUUCAUUACGCAAAACAAAGUGCACCAGUUUGCUGUGACGCUGCUGGACUCUAAAAGCAGUGAGAUGUGUUUUUCAGCCUGUGGAGUCCUCACCAACCUGGCUCUGGACCCUCCCAACAGGGUCCGUCUCUCACUUGAGGGGGCUGCUGCCAAGCUGCUGGACUGUCUCAGAGACUUUGGACCAGGUGACUGGCAGCUGGCAGGGCAGGUUUGUCAGGCGUUGUGGAACCUGAUCGGUGGCGGUUCAGAGCCACUGCUUGAUGCCCAGGAGAGCGAGUCCCUGCUGAAGAUCCUCACUACAUACUUAGAUGAAGAGGAGGCUCUGAAGUGGAUAGAAAAUGAAGAUAUGAGGGAUUAUCACAAGGCAUGCUGGGAGUUGGAGUUCCUGCCUGUAGCUCAGAAACUGAUAGAGACACUCCAGCUGCCGCAGCAGAACGACUGACACGCUGGGAUGAGGAGUUUAGAGUCAUGUUGCCAUAGAGGGAAAGUAUUUCCUUCAUUUUAUUAAUAUUAAAAUCCUCUCGUCAUUUUUCAUGAUGUGUGAAAGCGUGAAAAUGUCUUGUUUAUUGACAAAUACUUGCACCUCCGUUUGUAUAUGAUGUUUAUUUAUUUUCACUGCUCCCUUGUCUUAAAUACCAACAUCUUUUUAAAUGUAAUUUUAUCAGGGCAAACAUUGUCAUGUAAAUAAUCUUAAUAAUCUUAUUCAAUCGAUGUGCACCAGACAUAUUCCUCAGAAUCUGCAGUUGAGCACGCUGGCACUUUCUACCAUUUUCUUUGUUUUGACGUUGUUGACAUUAGUUAUUGAUAUUAACCUUUUCAACCUUUUAUGCACUUUAUCUCCCAUAACAAACUGCAUAUCCUCACAUGUUCCAGGUCUUUGCACACUUCACAGUUUGGAUUUGUUUUGUCAGAUCACUGUGACGUUGUUGUUGUUGAUAGUUCUAUGAGGAUUUAGUCUCGUAAACUGAUGACUGACCUGGAAUUCACCUCUUUAAAUAGUCAUGUAUUGUUUUUAUUGCUUGUGUUGUGUGACAGUGGAACUUGUUGAUAAUAAAGCUGAACAAA